CCGCAUCCUUUCUCCUUAUCCGGAGACUGACGGAAAGGGCCGAGUAGUUGCGAUUGGUUCAGUAUACAUGUAUAAACAAAAUUGGGAUUUUCUGAAAAUUGGCUGCGCAUGCGCGUUGAAAAUACAUGAAACUGAUCUGCGGCUGAUCUACAUAAUUUAACGUGUUAUUUUUGGAACAUUGACAGAAUCGUGAAAAGUGGAAAGAGAGUCAGGAGAUGUUUUGUUUAUUUACAUAAUUAAUUAAUUAUAUGAGAAAGGAACAAAAUGGAAGUCGACAAAGAAUUGGAGACCGAACUAAGACAUUAUCCAUCAAACUUUGACCUUUAUGAUGAAGUCCAAUUAAUGUCUAAAGAUUACAUUCAGAAAAUUAAGGCGAAGUUAGUUAACGAGCUUGAAUCCAGUCCUUACGACACUGCCAUGGAAACAAUUCGAGCUUGGAACCUUAUAUCCUUUCUUUGUUUCAUUUUGGGGAAUGAAGAAGAUGCGUUCGAGUAUAAUUCUAAAGUUUUGAAGGGUAGCAAAGAUAACGCUACUGGUUUAUGUAAUAAGGCAUGGUUUUUGUUGAAGAUGCAAGAACAAUACAGUGUUAUCAAAGAGUUAUGUAAACAGGUAAAUGGUCUGAUUAAAAAUGAGGUUGAUUUGUUGUUUGCUAAGGCAGAAAAGGCAUUUUGUUAUUCAAGAUUUGGUAUUAAUCGAUAUGAAAAAUCCCGCAAGUUAUUCGAAGAAGUACUUGGCGAAAUUCAUGAGCAGAACCUGCUUUCUGGUAAAACAGAUGAUUCUGAGCAACAAUUCAUUCAAAUAGACAAUUACUGUGUUUGGAACUUUGGUUACGCCCUUACAUUCAGACGAGCGUUAAAUUGGAAUAAUGCACAUGAUGGAUCGUCAUUUGAUUUAUCCAAAAAGGCACAUAUCAAGGUUUGUGAUCUGUAUAGUCGUAUCAUUCAUCUGAAAGGAAACAGCGAGUGUCUUAAACGGUACCAAGCAAGAUCAUACGUUGAAUUAGGGUCACUAAUUUACAGUGUUAGGGAAAAUAAAGAUACAUUUCCAAAUGGAAUAAAGAAUGUCUUACCAGAGCAUCAAGAUCUUUGGUUAAAAACCAAUGAAUUUUAUAUUAAAGCAAACUAUCUCUGCCCAAAUGAUGUAUUUGUAUUGGAAAAAUGUGGUAAACAUUUCCGAUACAAAAAAAAUCUUGGCAAGUCCAUUUCUUUUCUCAAACAAGCACUUGCUAUAAGAGAGACUGCUUUUUCUCAUCACCAUCUUGCAUUAAGCUUGAAACGACAGCUGGAAAGUAAAAGACAACAAAACUAUCCUGCCUUUGCCAAUGAUAAUCGUGAAGAAAUCAAGGUAAAGAAAAAUCUUGCCAGUAAAUUCGAACAAGUAGAAAGUCAUCUUCAACCGCCAAAGCCGGAGAAAUAUUUAACAUCUACAUGUACAUCUCAGUCAAACGCAUCGAACUGUCAUAGUAAAACGAUUAAAAAACAAAACUAUCCACAAAUGAGAUUGAACAACAUGUCUAGUUUGUCAGAUCAAUAUGUACCACCUGAAGAAAUCCAGAAUUUUGAAUUCAGAUCAAAUACUACAUCCAAAAUGAAUGUUGAAAUACCGACCAACUUAUCAGAUCACACAGACAUUGAACAAGCAUGUGACAUGUUAAAAAAUGCAUCAUUGGAAUCAGGUUGUGAAAGAUUGUCAAUUUUUCCUAAUGUACAAAUGAAUGAUUGUGAUACGGAAGAUAAUAUGAAAUGUUUAUCUUUUAAAUCCGGUUAUGAAACAUUGUCGACUGCUUCUAGAUCUAAUGUACAAAUGUAUGAUUGUGCUACGGAAGAUAACACGAAAUGUUUAUCUUUGGAUUCAGACUAUGGAACAAUGUCAUAUUCUUCUAAUGUGUCAAUGAACGAGUAUGAUGCGGGAACUAGCAUGAAACCCAUAGAAGGAAAUGCUUCAGCAAAAGCUGUUAAUGCCGAUUUUUCCUUCAAAGUAGAAACAAUGAGACCACAUAAUAAUAAUAAUCAUAAUCGGCGUAAUCGGGGAAGAAGAAGUUUUAACCAGAACUAUUCCAGCAUUAAGCAACACUUUCAAGCUACUUCAGAAUCACGCUAUGGUUACAACGGUCGUAAUGAUGCAUAUGUCCGGUCUGGAGCACGUGGGAAAAGGAAACCAAAUAGGUAUUUCAGAAACGGUAGUCGUUCCGGAGGUCGAGCGGCAAUCAAUGACAAGAUGGCGUUUAUGAAAAUGAUUAAAAGUCCUCUAAAACCACAGUUCAUUGACGAAAAGCAACAUACAGAAACCAUAAAACAAAUCAUAUAUCAUUUAGAUAAAUCUGUUGAAUUAUCAAAUAACUCUGGAGCUAUUUAUGACAAAGGCAUGCUAUACAGACAAAUUGGAGAAUACGACAAAGCUUUAUCUACAUUUAAGAUACUCAUCAGAAACGAAGGUGGACAUUGCUCACUUGUACAAUUAUCAAAUGCGUUUGAACAAUCAGGCCUAUGUCUUUACGACAUUUUGUCGCAGUCAGACGAGGAAAACCAUUGUAAGGAGGAUGACAUGAGAACGUAUUUCAAGAAGUCAAUAGAAAUAUCCUGUUCAAUUGUUUCAAAAAUUCCGUUUCUUAAAGAUUGUUGGGUGUCGGCUCCUACGUUAAAAGAGUUUCUAUCCGGACAAGCAAAAACCACUGAACAUCUUAAAGACUUAUUCUUCCUGUCAAAGAAGUUUGAAAAUUAUGGCGAAGCGAUAAAAAUUCUCAAAGAUCUAAAAGAACUGACUGCAGAUGAAAAUGAAAGGACUAAAUUAGAUAUACAGCUUGUUGAAAACUACCUCAGUAAUGGAAAUUAUGACGACGCUUUACUUGCCCUAGAUGCGAUUGUUUGUCUACAAAAUGGGUAUGAACAUAUCGAUGAAAAAAUGUAUUUGCAGGCUCACAUUGAAGGAGGAAUCGUUGCGUUGAAACAAAAGUCAUUUGUAAUGGCACGCCUUCGACUGAGAAAUGCUCUUGAUUUCUAUAGACAUAAUCAAAAUGUUCAUGACAAUGAAGGCCAUGAAAACGAUACUAAUACAGAAGAUGAAAACUUUGAUGUAUUCAUUCUUUGCAAUGAGAAUUUGGAGGAGAAAUGUAUGAGCUUAGUGCAUAUUUUAACCGCUUUUGAGCUCAGAGUAACGAUUAACUUUCAGGAAUUGUUACCAGGGACUUCAAAAAUGUCCGGAAUAUGUCGACAAUUUCGACAUUCGAAGCACUUUCUGCUGGUUAUCGAUGAAAAACAAUUAAAAAGAAUAGAUGAACAUUACUUUGAAAUGAUGCAAGAAGUCGUUUUGAAUAGAAAUUAUGGUCAUAUAUUGAUUAUUAAGACCAGUAAAGAUGCAAAGGUACCUUCCCACCUUUCAAAAUACCCCAGUAUGGAAAUGAAUGUUGGGGCUGAUGAGGUUCCUGAAAACUGUUUCGAAAACGAGGGUCUAUGUGAAACGAUUAAAGCACUUCUGAUCAAGCUGGCCAGCAGCAAGCAAGCAGCAUAAGUCUAAAGAUUAUCAUAAUUUGAAACAAAGGUUUAAAUGACCUUUUCAUUGAUGAGGCAAAUUAAAUUCACAAAGUUUUAAAUUAUGUAAUGUUUUGGGUGCCAAGUCUUCCUACGCAGAAGCAAGCAAACAGCAUAAGUCAAAAGAUAUCCUAAUAGGAAACAAAGGAAAAAAUGAACGUUGAUAUGUGUGGAAAAUGAAUUUCACAGAGUUUUAAAUUGUGCAAUGUAUUUGUGCCACAUCUUCCAAAGAAUGUUAAAAAGGACGUAAGGCUCUGUUUUAAACUGUCAGAACUUUCCUUAAUGGGACAGUAGUACUUUGAUUCUUUUUAAUAAAAUAUUUAGAUUUAUUGUGUAUUUAUUGUAGAAAUUCAGAAUGUGAAAAAAAAAAAGACAAAAACUAUUAAGUCUGCUGUUUUCAUCUUACAAUUCCACCAUCAUUUCGUUUAUCUUUUUCAUGUAUUUAAUCUUUCAAAGCGUUCGUGAACGACUUGAGUUUGUUAUUCAUUUGAAAAGGUAUUUUGACUGAAAGAACAUUAAUUACAAAUGUUUAAUACCGGGUAUGCUAAUUAAGUUGCUAAUAAAGUCAGUAUAUACGAGAAUGAUUAAAGAUAACGACACAAUAAGGCUUACAUAACUACAUUAUAUUCAACGUUCAAUUAAUAAGAUAAUGUUUAAUAUAAAGGUCAUUAUCUUUGUAUAUUUGCAUUGUCAAUAUAGAAUAAUCAGUUGUUUAAACACUUGUACAUUAGGUAUAAUUAAGAUUUUCAGUUCUCUAUCUGUACAUAUACAUUCCUUAUACAUAUACAUUUAUUUAAAUGCAGCCUAUGUAGAUUAUAGAAUUUUGUAGAUUAAUAUAUAAAUAGUUUCUGUUUAUAUUGACAUGAAGUGAAAGCAUGUGAUUGAUAAUUUGUUUUGACCAUGAAUAAACAAUGAACAUUGUGA